AUGAAACUCCAAGCUGCAGCUAUCCUUGUCAUCUUCUGGCUUGGCAUCUUCACUGUGCACACAGUGAAAGGGAGUGCUGGAAGUCAGUCCAUGCGCAAAUUCAGUUGUGUAAGUCUGUCUACAAGGCAACUGAACAUCCAAAAUCUUGUAAGAUAUGAAAGGCAACAAGUCCCAGUAAAUGCCGUUCUGUUUAUCACCACAAAAGGUAUCAAGAUCUGUGUACAUGCUGAGCAG